GAGGGCAGGCGGCGAGAGGCGGGCGGGCGCCGGGAGCGGGAGGAGGAGCGGCAGCCGCCGCCACCGCCGCCGCCAUAGAGACUGUAGCCGUGGAGACUGUUACUUACCAACGGGGACCAACACGCAGCAGCCGCCACCGCCGCCGCGGGAGCCGUUGCGCGAAGUCCCGGCCGGAACUCCAGUGCCGCUGAAGUUACCCGCUUCCUGGCUUCAGAUGGGAACAGAGUGGUGCAGAGUGGGCAAAGGACUGGUUUAAAACGCUCAGAGAAAACCAUAAACAAGAGACCUCGAUUAAGCAGAUUCCAGCAGGAUAAUUCCAAAGAACUGAGCAUGCAGAAUUCAGAGGGUGGAUCGGAUUCGCCGGCUUCCGUGGCUCUGUGUCCCUCGUCGGCAGCCCAGGCGCCUGUGGCCCAGCCUGUGCCAGCCUCGCCGCAGAGGGUGUUGGUCCAGGCAGCAGGCUCAGCUCCCAAGGGGGCUCAGAUGCAGCCCAUCUCCCUCCCCAGAGUGCAGCAGGUGCCACAGCAGGUCCAGCCCGUGCAGCACGUGUAUCCCCCCCAGGUGCAGUACGUGGAAGGGGGGGACGCCGUCUACACCAACGGAUCCUUGCGGACGGCGUACACCUACAACCCCGAACCCCAGAUGUACGCCCCCAGCAGCUCCGCGUCGUACUUCGAGGCCCCGGGCGGUGCCCAGGUGACCGUGGCAGGCUCCUCCCCGACCGGAGUCCCCGCCCACAGCAUGGUGGGCAUCACCAUGGAUGUCGCGGGCAGCCCCAUCGUGUCCGGCGCGGGAGCCUACCUCAUCCACGGGGGCAUGGACGGCACCCGGCACUCCCUGGCGCACACGUCCCGCUCAUCGCCCGCUACGCUUGAAAUGGCGAUUGAAAACCUCCAAAAAAGCGAAGGGAUCACAUCACACAAAAGCGGUUUACUCAACAGUCAUCUCCAGUGGCUCUUGGAUAAUUACGAAACCGCAGAAGGCGUGAGUCUCCCCAGAAGUUCGCUCUACAACCACUACCUUCGCCACUGCCAGGAACACAAGCUGGACCCCGUGAACGCGGCCUCCUUUGGGAAGCUGAUCCGCUCCGUGUUCAUGGGCCUGAGGACGCGGCGGCUGGGCACCAGGGGCAACUCCAAGUAUCACUACUACGGGAUCCGUCUGAAGCCAGACUCGCCCCUGAACCGGCUGCAGGAAGACACGCAGUACAUGGCCAUGCGGCAGCAGCCUGUGCAUCAGAAGCCCAGGUACCGGCCAGCCCAGAAGACGGACAGCCUUGGGGAGAGCGGCUCGCACGGCGGUCUGCACAGCACCCCGGAGCAGGCCAUGGCCGCCCAGAGCCAGCACCACCAGCAGUACAUCGAUGUGUCCCACGUCUUCCCGGAGUUCCCGGCGCCUGACCUGGGCAGUGUCCUGCUGCAGGAGAACAUCACGCUGCACGACAUCAAGGCCCUUCAGCUGGCCUACCGGCGGCACUGCGAGGCCACUUUAGAUGUCGUGAUGAACCUGCAGUUCCACUACGUUGAGAAGCUGUGGCUUUCCUUCUGGAAUUCUAAGGCCUCCUCCAGCGACGGCCCUGCCUCUCUACCUGCCAGGGACGAGGAGCCGGAGGGCGCCAUCCUCCCCAAGGACAAGCUGGUAUCUUUGUGCAAGUGCGACCCCGUGCUCCGGUGGAUGAGGACCUGCGACCACAUCCUGUACCAGGCGCUGGUGGAGAUCCUUAUCCCGGACGUGCUGCGGCCCGUGCCCAGUACCCUGACACAGGCCAUCCGCAAUUUUGCCAAGAGCUUGGAAGGCUGGUUGACGAACGCCAUGAGCGACUUCCCACAGCAGGUCAUCCAGACCAAGGUCGGCGUGGUCGGCGCCUUCGCGCAGACCCUGCGGCGCUACACGUCGCUCAACCACCUGGCGCAGGCCGCCCGGGCAGUGCUGCAGAACACCGCGCAGAUCAGCCAGAUGCUGAGCGACCUCAACCGCGUGGACUUCGCCAACGUGCAGGAGCAGGCCUCGUGGGUGUGCCAGUGCGAGGAGGGCGUGGUGCAGCGUCUGGAGCAGGACUUCAAGCUGACCCUGCAGCAGCAGAGCUCCCUGGACCAGUGGGCCAGCUGGCUGGACAACGUAGUCACCCAGGUGCUGAAGCAGCACGCGGGCAGCCCCAGCUUCCCGAAGGCCGCCCGGCAGUUCCUGCUGAAAUGGUCCUUCUACAGCUCCAUGGUGAUCCGCGACCUCACGCUGCGCAGCGCCGCCAGCUUCGGCUCCUUCCACCUCAUCCGGCUGCUCUACGACGAGUACAUGUUCUACCUGGUGGAGCACCGCGUCGCCGAGGCCACUGGGGAGACGCCCAUUGCCGUGAUGGGAGAGUUCAACGAUCUUGCCUCCCUGUCGCUGACACUGCUCGACAAAGAUGACCUCAGCGAGGACCGUGGAGGCAGCGAGGCCGGCUCGGAGGCCCGAGGCCGGGGCGAGCCCCUGGUGAAGCGGGAGCGCGGCGACCCCAACCACCCGCUGCAGGGCGUCUAGCUGGGCCGCGCCGCCCCGGCUCCGGGUCCCAGAGCUCCGCUGCGGUAGUGCCUCCUGGACGAAGUGACCUUUACUCUGAGUGCCGGGGCCCCCGGGCCAGGGCGCCCUUAAAGGACACGCUCUCCCUCAAGAGGAAAACCGUUGCGACCGUGGCCGAAGCUCAGAUGGGGCGCCCAGACCCCUUUUCCUUUUUCUGACUGUUCUUUCCCCCACUGCAAACAUCUGCCUCCAGAGCUGGAAGGGGCCGUGCUGAGCGAGUCGCUACCUCCACUUUGGGCAUCUCCCCCUGCCAGCUGGUUCCGAUUUUCACCCUGAUUUGAAAAAACUCCGGCGGGUCCUGGGGAGGAAGGGAUGUCCCACAGCCGUCGGGCAGCACCAAGCUGGCCACGUCCCCGCAGCCCCCCUCAGGCCCUGCGGUGGCGAGAGGCCAUCUCGGUCCUCGCCCUGUGGCCCCCUGCCCUGCCGGCCGCCAGGCGCCCCGUCUCUAGACCCCAAAGGGAUCGGAAGCAGCUGCCAAGUGCCGUGUCCCCGGACGGCGCGCAGCCCAUGGCCCCACACAGCUCAAAGGACAAGUCACCGAGGCAGGCCUGCUCAUGCCAAGACGUGGUGAGGCCUUUCAGAAUCAAAGCCAGAAGCUUGAUCAGCAACCGGAAGGACUGGGGAUCCGUCCAGGUUCACAGCCAACGUCAAGUUAAACUGUCAGAUCUGGAAUGAGCUUGUUCCAAGGGGGCCGGGAGGUCCGGGUCUCCACCGUGCCUUCCGAGGGCAGCCAGCCUGCCAAGUCUGUGCACGAACAGCCGUGCCUGAGCCCCGCUCCACAGAACCUUCCAGAACGUCUGCCUUUGAAGUAGCGAUCCCAGAGCACUGUGACCCCAGCAGGUCCUCUCUUGAACUGCUCAGGGUCCACACUCUUCUCUGGGGACAAACGAAUCCCAAGGGCUGUCCCAGCCCUGACCUCGAAACUCUCCGGAUCUGUGUUCCUCAUAACAUGUUGCACCAGUAAGCUCUGUGCCAGAGUUCCGCCCCCGAAGCAGCUGCAAAGAAGAAAGACAAGCCUCUGGUCUAAGAAACAUCGGCUUCUCAAAUGCAAUAAUUUCUCCUUUUGGAAAUACGUUCAUACCAAUAGUUUUGUGCUCUCAUUGUUAUUAGAACGUUCCUUAUGAAUGUGUGUAUCGCAGUAUAUUCAGUCCCGCAUGUUGUUUUCUCAUUCAUGCAGAAGGUACUGAUGUAAACCCACGAGGCCUUUAAAAACCCUCCUUCUCGACAAGCAAGAGCGCUGUGCGUCCCUGGCCCCUGCAGGUGCCCGGGGAGAGCAGCAGGGAAGGACGAGAAAUCUCAUUUAAGAAACCAAAAGCCCGUCAUGAUCACAACGUGCGUGUGGUCUUAAAGUUGCAGACUCAGAUGAACUCAGACAGAAAGAAUGUCUUUAAAGCUACAUCUCCUUUCCUGGGAGACGUUCAAGCUCACGGCUCCCGGAUUGUGACGCCUGCCUUUUCUUCCACGUUUCUGCCUUACGUUCUGUCUAGUCCUUUGCCGGAUUCCUCGAGGAGGAAUAUAAAUGACGGUAAAGACACCAGCCUUCCGAGCCCGUUCCCGUUUCCCGUUGCAAUAAACACACUGAACGUG